AUGAAGCACGUUUCUCAACUAAAACUCCGCUUUCUAAGCCAGAAACCAGUUGAGAAGGCAGAGCCGGACGCAUUCUCAAAUGAUCCGGAACGUCAUCCAGCUCUACUGGUGCGUAAUGCCAAACCGUUCAAUGGCGAGUCCCCACCUUCCCUCCUCACUGACCACUUCUAUACACCUAAUGAACUGUUCUUUGUCCGAAAUCAUCUACCGGUUCCUGAUAUUAAAACCGAAGACCAUUGUCUUACUGUAGAAACACUAAACGGAAAAACAAUUGACUUGUCUGUCGAUGAACUCAAAAAGAAGUACAAGUCCUACACUAUUGGAAGUGUCAUUCAAUGCGCUGGAAAUAGAAGGGCAGAUAUGAAUCAAUAUAAAAAAGUGCAAGGAUUGAUGUGGGAGGGUACUGCAAUCAGUAAUGCGGAAUGGACUGGAGUUCGUCUCCGAGACAUUCUCGCCGACGCGGGAAUCGACGUUUUCGACGAGAAAAUCAAGCAUGUGCACUUUGAAGGUUCUGACGUGGACCCAACUGGUACACCAUACGGCGCAUCAAUCCCAAUCGAGAAAGCUAGAGGGAAUGAAGUGAUAGUAGCUUACCAUAUGAAUGGUGUUGAUAUUCCAAGAGACCAUGGGGCGCCUCUGAGAGUUAUUGUGCCAGGAAAUAUUGGUGCAAGACAAGUGAAAUGGCUCCGAAGAAUCAUUGUGAGCGAGAAGGAGAGUGAUAGUCAUUGGCAGCAGAAGGAUUACAGAGCCUUCUCUCCAGCAGUCAAUAUGGGCGACGAACUCAAAUGGGACACUGUACCUUCGAUCCAGGAGUACCCCGUCCAAUGCGCAAUUUGUACCCCGGCUCCGAACACCAAAGUGAAUAGUGACGAUGGUACUGUAGACAUAUCCGGAUACGCUUGGAGUGGUGGCGGCCGUGGAAUCAUUCGAAUCGAAAUCAGUGUGGAUGGUGGUGAGACAUGGAGUAGUUGUGAAAUGGAGCAAGAGAAGAAGCAGGAUUUGGAUCACAUGUAUGCAUGGACACUGUUCAAAGCGGAAGUGAAGAUUCCGCCAAUCGUCAAGGAGUUCAAUAUCAUUGCAAAAGCUGUAGACAGAUCAUACAAUACUCAACCAGAGACUGCUAGUGGUAUCUGGAAUGUUCGAGGACUGAUUCAUAAUGCAUGGCAUAGAGUUCCGAUUAUUGUCAAGGACUAA